AUAAAAUCAGGAUGGGUGAUACAAAAUUACAGGGAGGGUCAGGCUGGGCGAUCUUCAUCCUUAUCGCACAGCCCUAAUCGCCAGAUUGCAAGAUAAGGACUUCACUCGCACAGCCGCUGGUUCUUCUUAAUCAACGAUUCCUUCAAUUGCAGAGCCUUAAUCUCGCUACUUCAACUUGAGACAGAGCCCUAAUCCCGCUGGCGUCAAACGCUUGUUCAUUUGAUAGUGAUGUAACUGUGACUGUGGUUUGUCAUUUGCAUGAUCUGGCAUUUGUGUGAGAGAUAUCCCAUAUAUCUUCUGUCGUUUAGAUAUGAAAGUUUACGAGCUAUCUGGAACCACUCUAUCAGUUGCUCUCUUCACAGAUGUCGCUAACUCCAAGUACUAUUUCUGCACACUCUUUUUUCGACUAAAUUUAUGUGUAAUUGAGACUUUGAUACUUGCAAGGGAACUUUUGGAGCUGAUGCAAGCUGGAACGCUAGAACCUGAAGUAGCUCUUCUCAAUGCAUCUCUGAUCCCAGAUAUCUUUCCCGUUUUAGCAGCUGCUCAUAAAACACUAGUAGCUAAAUCAAGGGACUCGUUGACUACUCGUACUCUUCACUCUGAGCUUGUUUAUAACUACUCGGGCUCUAAACAUAUUUCUGAGUCGUUAAAACGUUGUGGCAUAUCUGAUAGCACCACAUACAUUCUUGUUGCUCGGUUUGGUGCUUUAGAAGAAGAGGAGAUGACUGCCAUGAAGACACUUAUUAAAGGCAAGGAAAUUGAUUUAGAAGAGUUGGAAGGAAAAGCAAACAAGCCUCAAAUACAAAAGCACUACAAAAUAACAGGAGUAGAACUGGGCAUAUCAACCCUGGGAGAUGCUAUAACGUGUCGAAUUGCUGCUGCGCGUGAUGCGCUGUGAGGGUAUCUACAUGAUAAUUAUUUCCAUUUUCAUGACUUUUUUUUUUUUUUUUUUGCCAACUUAUAGUUAUCAUGUAAGCAUGCGCUUGGAAGCAAGCCGUAAGCAUAUGUUUACUUAUCGGUCCUGCUUGGUGGAUGACAAUUUUUCUUUCCCUUUCUAGAACAUUGUAAAGAGUAUGUAUGACUUGCUGCUGCAACUAAAAAGGUUAGCUACCGGUCGUGACGGGCUCAGCUAGAAGCAAAGCAAUUAGUACUCUAGCACGAGUUAAACUUAGGGGGUGUUUGGGAUUGCUUUUUCAACCUGAUUUUUUGAUUAUUGUGUUUUGAAAUCGCAAAAAAUCUAUUUUGAGUGUUUGGUAAAAAAUUAAUAAAAGCUGAUUUUUUGCGUUUUGUAGACAUCAAAACGUGAUAAUCCAAAAGUAGGUCACCCCCUACUGCAGGAAAACGUGAUUCCACAAUAUAGUCCGCUAAAAUUUACCGCCAUAUCUAUUAUCACUCCUCUCCCUCUGUAUACAUCUCUGGAACCCUAAUCACUUUGGCGGACUGUAACAAAAGUGGACUUCUCAAAUGGUGGAUUCUUUCUACUUGUUGAUCAUCAUUCCCUUCUCACAGGUUAGGGUUUCUCAUGAAUCAUCGCUUUUCUCCUUAUUUUCAUGGGUAUCCGUAUGGAUGUAAUGGUGUUCAUGAAUGGUUAACUUGUAAUUGGUUGAGUGAUAAUAUCUGUUUCAUGAUUUCAUGGGUAUCCGUAUGGAUGUAAUGGUGUUCAUGAGUGGUAAAUAGUUUUAACGAUUGUAUUUCUUUAA